UGUGAGGCAUUGGAAAAUCUCCCUAGUCUUUGUGGUUCAAUCUGUGUUUGAAAUUCCUGCUCGACAGAGGGACCUUACAGAUCAUUUUGUGUGUUUGGGUACAGCGAUGAGGUAGUCAUUCAAAAAUCAUGUUAAACACAUUAUUGCACAGAGUGAGUCCAUGCAUGACUUGCUAAGCACAUUUAUACUCCUGAAUUUAUUUAGGCUUACCACAACAAAUGGGUUGAAUAUGUAUUACCUCAAGACAUUUCAGCUUUAAAUGUAUUUAAUUAAAUUUGUAAACAUUAAGAAAAAUAUAAUUCCACUUUGACAUUGUGGGGUAUUGUGCAUAGACCAGUGACAAAAAAAAAUCUAAAUGUAAUAGAAAAUGUGGGAAAGGUCAAAGGGUAUGAAUACUUUGUGAAAGCGGUGUAUAUGAACUGUUUAGCUCAUGCGCCAGGUGAUAGAAACGUCAACUUCAGUUCCAGCGCUCUAAACGGUCGGCUGAGCGAUACUUUCCCGUGGAUAUUUUGUCUCACAUUUCGAGCAGCUGAAAGACAACUCGCACAGAAAACAGUUGUCUCUACUAUCUCUACCACAGUGACAAAGUGCUGAGGCAGAGGACCAUGUUAUUCAAACCACUCUGAAGAUAGCGUUUUAAUCCCAUUUUUAAAAAUGGACACACUGAAAUCCUCCCGUAUUUAUUUUGAACGCUAAUAGAUGUGAUCAUAUUGAUCAUUUUAUAUACAAGGGAAAGAACUAUAUAUUGCCAGACAGUGAGUGACACAGAAUAUUCCCAUUCACCUCAAUGGAUGUUCCAGUCACACCAAUUCUACCCUCUAACUCUACCCUGCCUACACCUUUCCCUCUGCACCCGGCAGUGGCCCCAUCAGUCCAGCUUGGAUUUACCAUCCUCUACACUACUCUCUACGGAAGUCUCUUCUUGGUAGUCUACGUUCAGCUCUGGCUCCUCUUUCUCUACCGACACAAGCGCUGGAGCUACCAGAGUGUGUUUCUGUUCCUCUGUCUUCUCUGGGCGGCUCUUCGAACCACUCUGUUCUCUUUCUACUUCCAUAAUGCCCUGGAAGCCAAUCACCUGGCCACAGUGUUUUACUGGCUCCUCUACUGCUUUCCUGUUUGUCUGCAGUUCUUCACCCUCAGUCUCAUCAACCUCUACUUCACUCAGGUAUUACUCAAAGUGAGAGAGAAGUACAACCCUGACACUGAGCCCGGCAAUGGACUAUGUUGGGCGCGGUGCUUCUACGCCACCCUGAGUGGUGUGUUCCUGUGUGUCAAUGGGGUGUGUGCUGCUCUCGGCUGGAACGGGGGCAGUGGAGGAGCAGGGGCUAAAACAUGGAAUCUGGUUCUGAUACGAGUGCUGGUCAACGACCUCCUUUUCAUAUUUGAGGCUGUCUGUCUAGCUGCAUUACUGCUUCUGUUAACCCGACGCUCCCCAUCCACCAGCCCUUACCUGCACAGUAAGGGAACAACAGUGUGCCAGACUGCGGUACUAGGAGCAGGUGUAAUAUUGCUCUUUGCUAGUAGAGCGUGCUACAACCUGGCUGUCCUCAUACUGUCCCAGAACCACAGAGUGGAGUCCUUUGACUUCGACUGGUACAAUAUCUCUGACCAGGCAGACCUGCGUAGUGAACUGGGAGACAGGGGUUACUUGGCGUUCGGUGCAAUUCUCUUCAUAUGGGAGCUGCUUCCCACCAGCCUCCUCAUCCUCAUCUUCAGAGUCCGCCAACCGCCUCAAGAAGAUGGCAGUAAUCUGCCUGUCAGCAACAGAGUACCGCGGCCGUACUUCUUUGAUGACCCAGCAGGGGAAGACUCUGACUCAGGUGCUCCUUGGGUCAACAGCUCACAUCCACACCAAAGCUGGUAUGGAUCCAUCAAGGAGACGACACCUCUCGUCUUCGCCAGUAACCCUCUGGACCAGAACCAACACCACUCCUUUUACUCUACGCCACAGAACUAGCUGAUCCUCUGUCCCAAAUGGCACCCUGUUCCCUUUAUAGUGCACUACUUUUAACCAGGGGCCAUAGGGCUCUAGUCAAAUGUAGUGCACGAUUAUAGGUUAGAGGAUGCCAUUUUGGAUCGUACCCUGAUCCUGUCUGUCUGCAGUGAAGCGCUCUCUCUCCCAGGUUGCUAGAAGGCGCUGCGUGGUCGAUCCGACAUCUACUUUGGUCGUGCAGCAUUUACAGUGAUUCGGCGUCUGCGGAAGUCGGGGCAUUCGUACUUCUUGCGCUUCGCCGAGUUGUUGUCAAGGAAGUGAGUUUGUGUUUAUACCGGAUCUCCCGCCUUCACCUACCGUCAACCAAUCAUGUCAAUGCGGAGCUAUGUGGAACCCUCCGCGUUGUUACAUUUGGGAGGCGCAGGGCGAUGUGGUACAGAGUUUGGCCCCUGGAGGCUCUGCAAUUGUCACACCCUCCAUACGGAGCCUCACACCACAUUUUCAAGCAUAAAUUGGCUUUGACCACUUCCAACUGCAGACAGCAAUACCUCAUUCCAAUUGAUUGUGUUUUUGCACACACAAACUCGUCACUAAAUAGAGUAACUAUGCACCUUUUUUUUUAAUUGAUCAACUGAUGACCGACAUCUCCAACGGAGCCUCGUUUAAUUCCUAUGAUUUGUCACAAUGUGUUUGUCCUCUGACCUGUGUAUUCAUUAGCUUGAUUGCAGUCUCUGUGCUAUUUCAUGUCAACUCCUUGUCAGUCAAUGUCAUGUCAACGGAGGUGGCAAGAGGACAAACACUGACACUCAGGCUAUAUUCAUUCCAUUAUAGAAAGUUUAUUUUCAACUUUUCUGACGGGACUAAAUGUCAUUAUUUUGUAAAGGUAUUGUUUCCUACUUGCCGUCUAGCUUACAGGCACUGACCACUUUCAUAAGUAAUGCAGACAACAGAUUAGUUUGUCAUUUUAUGUGAUUGUACAUUGAAGUAAACUAACUUAUUUAAUCAGAUAUCGCCUGUCGUUUUAGCAGUUAUGGACCAAAUACCUCUUCCUUCUCACCAGCAUCCAUUUUAUAAGGGAAUUUUCUAGGGGCUUCAUAGCGAAACAGAAUAUACUCAGAUUGUGUACAUGUGUGAUUACACUGAACAAAAAAGCACAACAUGUAAAGAUUUGUUCUUGUGUUUUUAUGAGCUGAAAUAAAAGAUCCCAGAAAUGUUCCAUACGAAUAAAAGCUUAUUUCUAA